AUGCAGUCACCCCUUCAAUUGGUCUUAUUAAUAUUCAUCUUAACCAUCACUAUCACCACAGUCCGACCUGAAAGAGCCUUCAGAAGAAUCCGAGAGCUUCUUGGAGCUGAUGAAUCCCCAUCUCAAGAAGAACUUCUGCGGAUUUGUGCCAACAUAUUAUCAUCUAGGAACGGUGAGUGCAUCAACCAGAGUCUAAAUCUUCGAUUUAGCUCAAUUUUUCGAAGAGAAUGUAGUCCUCAGUCCAGAUGGCGAUGAAAUUCCGUUGAGUUUGGUUCAGAAAGAGAUCCCAGAAGUCAAAUACGAGGUGAGUUUACAGACCUACUUAACCGUACUUUACCAUCAUUCUAAUUAUAUUACUUUAGAUUGUUGAUCCCACAGACAGACUUGAGAGGAUUGCCCGGACUCUCAGGUCGAGUGUCUAUGCCCCCAAACUCUGUGAACCCGAGAAUUUUUUCCCCAAAGUCCUCGACCACCAACUAAGUUGUAAACAAGUGAGUCUUGAACACGUCCCUCUUGUCUCUAAAUGCAGUGCUUAUCUGUAUUUAGGUGAGGCCUAUGGCACCCGAAUCAAUUUUAGUUGCCAUUUUCACACAUUUUCUCGUUCAUACCUGUGAAAACGGCGGUUAAUCGAUCUUACCACACACUGAAUCAAAAUGAAAAUUCGUAUUUUCGGAGGAAAAUUUUCAUAAUUUGUAGAUGGCAAUAGUGAAUUGGCCCUGCAUUAUCAGUCACUUUCUAACCUUCCUGCUGUCCCCCCUUUUUGAAGUGAUCCACAUCAAAAAUGUGUAAUCCCACAAAAAAAAGAUCCUGUUUUUUUGAAAACAGGACAUGACUUUGGUAGUAGAGCAAAUGUUUUCACUUAAUCUUGGAAUUAUGCACUUCGAUGACGCCAAAUCCUUUCGAAUCCAUCCGGCAAUGUGUUUCUCCACCAUUCUUUUUACAAACAUCACCGAAUUUUGUAAAGUUUACGUUUAAUCCCGACUUUGGAAGUAUUAAGAGGUUUCAGUGAUAUCAAGGUGACAUUAUUCUGAAUAUCAGGAUAGGUAUUUUUCAGUCAUGAUAUGACUGUAGUCCUCUUUUCAAGGAUUAACUGUUUUAGGAUUACCUGUCCAGGGCAAAGCGAAUCACAUUAAUCCGUUAAAAAAAGUUACGUGAAGAGAUUCCCAGUCGAGUAACGAGCUCUGGUUGGGAACUAAUUCCAUUGUCCUUUGCGUUCCCGUAACUCCUCGAUGUUUUCUUAUAACAAUUCCUUCAGAUCUGCCAAUCUUGUGUCCCAGGCUCGGCCGCAGUCUGCCAUCAGAAGAACCAUCGGUUCCCAGGUGUUGCCCAAACUUGUUUCUGCACUUAUGACACGGACAGACCUCUUCACAAUGCAGUCCUUGUGCUCAAGAACGGCGUCUCCCAGAUAUAA